AUGCAUUGGACCUCCAAAGUACUAAAAAAUAUUGGAUUUCAGGAGGAAUAUGCUUGGCAUAUAGGAGGAGCCCUUCCUCGCCAGGAGCUAGAGGAGUUGAAGCUUUUGUACCAUAUUGCUAUUAAUGGCCUGAGCUUCAUACUCAUUGGUUCACCAUCUGUUCCUAAUUAUCAAUUUCAGAAGUCAAUUUCUUAUCAUGAACAGUCUAAAUCUUUCUGCAAGGAGGUCUUGGGUUCAAAUGUUUCAUGGAGUAUGGGUGCAGCAGGAGUGGGAUGGGUAGUUAUUCAAUUGAACUGCAGAAAUGAUGAAGGUCCGACGAUAUCGAUUGCUAAGGAUAAAGAAGGCUACAUAUAUGGAGGUUAUGCUUCUCAACCUUGGGAGAGGCAUGGUGAUUUCAAUGGAGAUCUGAAGUCAUUUCUCUUUCAGCUUUACCCAAAGGCAUCAAUUUUCAAGCCCACUGGAGCAAACAAUCAUGUACAAUGGGAUCCAAAAGAUGAGUGCAACAUGAAUCUUAUGGAUUAUAAAGGUCUUUAG